AUGAAAGUUGCUACUUUUCUGGAAGCAGCAAGAUUCCCUAGCCGACUGAUAGAGCAGAAAAGAGCAGUAAUCGUAGUAGGUAUUAGGGAGAAAAUAGUGGCCAGUCAAGAGGAGAGGAGAGAUAUGGACAAAACCACAGUCAAAGAGAUCAUUGAAGGGGUACAGAUGGAGAGGGAUGAACAGAAUAUAGAAAAGGUUUUCAGGCCUGGCCAGUACAACAAGGACAGAGAUCGAAUGAUAAAUGAGGUUUUCAAAAGCGAGGACACAAGAGAAGAAAUUUUAGCAGAGAAAAGCAGCCUAUUCAAUGUACUGAAGUUCAAAAAGUGUCCAAAAUAUACCUCUGGUAACUACACCUCAGGUAACUACACCUCAGGUAACUACACAUCAAGUAACGACACCUCUGGUAACUACACCUCAGGUAACUACACUUCAAGUAACUACACAUCAAGUAACUACACCUCUGGUAACUACACCUCAGGUAACAACACCUCAAGUAACUACACCUCAGGUAACUACACCUCAGGUAACUACACCUCAGGUAACUACACCUCAGGUAACUACACCUUUGGUAACGACACCUCUGGUAACUACACCUCAGGUAACGACACCUCAGGUAACUACACCUCUGGUAUUGACACCUCAGGUAACAACACCUCAAGUAACUACACCUCAGGUAACUACACCUCAGGUAACUACACCUCAGGUAACUACACCUUUGGUAACGACACCUCUGGUAACUACACCUCAGGUAACUACACUUCAAGUAACUACACAUCAAGUAACUACACCUCAGGUAACUACACAUCAAGUAACUACACCUCAGGUAACUACACUUCAAGUAACUACACCUCAGGUAACGACACCUCAGGUAACUACACCUCAGGUAACUACACCUCAGGUAACUACACUUCAAGUAACUACACCUCAGGUAACUACACCUCAGGUAACUACACCUCAGGUAACUACACUUCAAGUAAUUACACAUCAAGUAACUACACCUCAGGUAACUACACCUCAGGUAACUACACCUCAGGUAACGACACCUCAGUUAACUGCACCUCAGGUAACCACACCUCAGGUAACCACACCUUAAGUAACUACACCUCAGGUAACUACACCUCAGGUAACUACACCUCAGGUAACUACACCUCAGGUAACUACACCUCAGGUAACUACACCUCAGGUAACUACACCUCAGGUAACUACACCUCAGGUAACUACACCUCUGGUAACUACACCUCAGGUAACUACACCUCAGGUAACUACACCUCUGGUAACUACACCUCAGGUAACUACACCUCAGGUAACUACACCUCUGGUAACUACACCUCAGGUAACUACACCUCAGGUAACUACACCUCAGGUAACUACACCUCAGGUAACUACACCUCAGGUAACUACACAUCAAGUAACUACACCUCAGGUAACUACACAUCAAGUAACGACACCUCAGGUAACCACACCUUAAGUAACUACACCUCAGGUAACUACACCUCAGGUAACUACACAUCAAGUAACUACACCUCUGGUAACUACACCUCAGGUAACUACACCUCAGGUAACUACACCUCAGGUAACUACACCUCAGGUAACUACACCUCAGGUAACUACACAUCAAGUAACUACACCUCUGGUAACGACACCUCAGGUAACUACACCUCUGGUAACGACACCUCAGGUAACUACACCUCAGGUAACUACACCUCAGGUAACUACACCUCAGGUAACUACACUUCAAGUAACUACACAUCAAGUAACUACACCUCAGGUAACUACACCUCAGGUAACUACACCUCAGGUAACGACACCUCAGUUAACUACACUUCAAGUAACUACACAUCAAGUAACUACACCUCAGGUAACUACACCUCAGGUAACUACACCUCAGGUAACGACACCUCAGUUAACUGCACCUCAGGUAACCACACCUCAGGUAACCACACCUUAAGUAACUACACCUCAGGUAACUACACAUCAAGUAACUACACCUCAGGUAACUACACCUCAGGUAACUACACAUCAAGUAACUACACCUCAGGUAACUACACCUCAGGUAACUACACAUCAAGUAACUACACCUCAGGUAACUACACCUCAGGUAACUACACAUCAAGUAACUACACCUCAGUAACGACACCUCAGGUAACUACACCUCUGGUAACGACACCUCAGGUAACUACACAUCAAGUAACUACACCUCAGGUAACUACACCUCAGGUAACUACACCUCCGGCAACACUCUCCAAAAGCUCAGUGUAA